AUGCCAUUUUUGGGCCAAGACUGGAGAUCCCCUGGAUGGAGAUGGGUUAAAACAGAAGAUGGAUGGAAACGAUGUGAACCCUUCAGUCCUGCACUUCAGGAUGGCCGUAAUCAGUUGAAUGAUAUCAGUCACGCUGUCAUCUUAACUGGUGAUGACGAAGAUGAAGAAAUAUAUAGUACUGAAGAUUGUGGGUUUGCAGCCAAGAAAAGGAAAAAAGAUCAUUUUGGGACAGAUUCGCAAUGUUUUUAUCAUGAAAAGUGGAUUUAUGUUCAUAAAGAAAGCACCAGAGAGAGACAUGGCUACUGCACUUUGGGAGAAGCUUUUAACCGCUUAGACUUUUCAAGUGCAAUUCAGGACAUCAGAAGGUUCAAUUACGUGGUCAAACUUCUGCAGUUAAUUGCAAAAUCCCAGUUAACUUCACUGAGUGGUGCAGCACAGAAGAACUACUUUAACAUUUUGGACAAAAUUGUGAGGAAGGUCAUGGAAGACCAGUAUAACCCACGAUUAAUCAAAGAUCUUCUACAGGAUCUGAGUUCCACUCUCUGUAUACUGAUUAGGGGAGUAGGAAAAUCUGUGUUGGUAGGGAACAUCAAUAUUUGGAUGUGCCGAUUAGAAACUGUCCUUCUGUGGCAGCAACAACUGAAAAACCUUCAGAUGAACAAGCACGUCAACAAUGGUCUUACGCUUAGCGAUCUCCCUCUGCAUAUGCUGAAUAACAUCUUAUACAGGUUCUCUGAUGGCUGGGACAUUAUUACUCUGGGUCAAGUGACCCCAACUUUGUACAUGCUCAGUGAAGACAGGCAGUUGUGGAAAAAACUCUGCCAGUACCAUUUUGCAGAAAAGCAGUUUUGUAGGCAUUUGAUUCUAACAGAGAAAGGUCACAUUGACUGGAAGCUGAUGUACUUUGCGCUUCAGAAAUAUUACCCAAUAAAGGAACAGUAUGGGGACACCUUGCAUUUCUGUCGACACUGUAGUAUUCUGUUUUGGAAGGAUACAGGACACCCCUGCACAGCCAGUGAUCCAAACACCUGUCUCAUGCCAGUAUCUCCUCAGCAUUUCAUUGAUCUCUUCCAAUUUUGAGAUGUUCAGUAGCUGUGCUCCUGUGUUUGUGGCCAUUUUGUGAAGAAUCAGGCAGGAUAUCUUAUGCUUUUUGUGCAAUAUAUUUACAUGUCAUGUUUUGCUGUAGUUUAAAAAAAGAUAUUGGGGAGAUUAUC